GAACAUUAUUAUUAUGGUUGAGAGAUCGACGGCACUGGGAAUCAGACCAAGAAACGGAUCGAAAUCCACGGUAGAUUUACCGUCGAUAGACCAUCUGCAGUUAUUGUAACGAUCGAUUAUUUUAUUGUGACUGUUUUGACCGAGAAGCCAACACAAUUCCUACAUCAUCCGAUACUGCUUUGCAAAGACAGUGACAGCUGUGGUCUUUUUGCAUGCAGCAAUAGGUUCCAUCGCCGCUAGGACGAGCCUGCAUCGACUGAGACAUUGUGAUAAGCUGGCUAUAGGAGAAGGAACCGGCUGCAUGCACCUCCGCCUCCCCCCUCCACCGUCAGCAGCGAGGACUGUACCGUUCAGUGCCUGUAUCACCCGUUAACGGGAUGACGACGUGAACCAAGCCUCCUCACGCACCGAACGCUGGAUUCCGCAUGAGGACUGAAUGAGUGGAAAGAGAGGGAGACGAGGUGAUGGCGAUGCUGAUCUAGGGAGGAGAAGGGAAAGCCUAUUCAUUUUCCCGAUUGAUUUAUCAGGAUCUUAACAGCCGACACGGGGUCUCUACCAAGGUUUCAACAACCAAUUAAUCCCCUCGCACGACGGAGGACAUUUGUCAUUCCGAGGCGAUGGGAACCGCGCGUGGAUGCCGGACUGCGGUUUAAACGUGCACGUGUCUCUCUGUGAAAGCACCGCUGUGAUGGAGCACGACGAAAGUAGCGACGCGGAGGUUGCUGCCGAGCCCCUGCUGCACGGUAUUCACGCGCCCAAUCGGAUCAGGCCCUCGUCGUACCGGGCACUGCGGAGUGCCGUUUCCAGCCUGGCGCGCAUCGAUGACUUCGUAUGUGAGAAGAUCGGGUCAGGGUUCUUUUCAGAGGUCUUCAAGGUGCAGCACAGGAUCACAGGCCAGGUGAUGGCCCUAAAGAUGAACACUCUGGCCAGCAACAAGGCCAACAUGCUCAGGGAGGUCCAGCUUAUGAACCGGCUCUGCCACCCCAAUAUACUUGGGUUCCUGGGAGUGUGUGUACAGGAGGGCCAGCUCCAUGCUCUAACUGAGUACAUCAACGGGGGUAACCUGGAGCAGCUGCUGGACAGUGACAGGUAUCUGUCGUGGUCGGUGAGGAUGUGUCUGUCUCAGGACAUCGCCUGUGGCCUGCAGUACCUCCACAGCAAGGGCAUCUUCCACAGAGACCUCACCUCCAAGAACUGUCUGGUACGCUGUGAGAAUGGUGUGUUCACUGCAGUAGUGGGAGACUUUGGUCUGGCAGAGAAGAUUCCAGACUACAGUGACGGGGUUGAUCAGCAGCCUCUGGCCGUGGUGGGCUCCCCCUACUGGAUGGCCCCGGAGGUGCUGAGAGGAGAGCUCUAUGAUGAAAAGGUGGAUGUGUUUGCCUAUGGAAUCAUCCUGUGUGAGAUCAUCGCCCGGAUAGAGGCUGAUCCGGACUUCCUACCUCGCACUGAGGACUUUGGACUAGAUGUGGAUGCCUUUGAGAACCUGGUUGGUGACUGUCCAACACCAUUCCUCAACCUUGCAGUCCUCUGCUGCAAUAUGAAUGCAAAGUUACGUCCCUCAUUCUCUGAGAUAGUGGUCUUGCUGGAGGGGAUGGAGAGAGGAGAGGAGGAGAGGAAGACGGCCAUCCCUCUGGGCGAUUGUCUCUCCUCAAAACCCCCCACUGGCCACAUCAGCCCCUACCGACGACGGAGUUCCCUCUGUCGCCCCGGCGACCAGCAGUUGUCACGGAGCCAGUCUGAAAUGCUUCCACCAACGACGCCCCCACUCGGCACUCCGGCCCGGGUCAACCCCUUCUCCCUGCGGCAGGACCUGAACGGGGGCCGCAUCAAGCUCUACGACACCCCCAGCAAGUCUGUCAUCUCCCUGACCUUCACCCUUCCCCAGCAGCCUGACACCUGCGCCUCUCCCCCCCUCAGGGGAAACCUCUUACUCCGCGGGCCCCCCCGACGCUGCCAGUCUCUCCCCUGCACCCCUGAGCCGGGGCGAACCCUCUCCCUCCUCCGGGACCCCGACCUGCAGCGCUUGGGGAAAGAGGAGGAAGAGGAGGGGGAGGAUGAAAGGAGGAAGGAGAAGGGAGGGAUGGUGGAGGAUGAAAGGAGGAAGGAGAAGGGAGGGAUGGUGGAGGACGUGUCAGAUGAUUCAGGGCUGCCUCUGGACAUGGUGUCUCUGGGUCCUCUGGAAGAGGAAGAGGAGGAAGGUUUUUCUCUGGGGGAGCCUAUGGACUGCAGCAGGUCUCCUGACACACUAGAGGGCGCUGUCCCUACACCAGGGAGACAUCUACUACACCCAGCCUCGUCCUCUUCCUCCCUGUUUCUGCAGCCUAACGGCUGGCGUCACCCAGUCUCCAAUGCCCCUUCCUCCCUCCCUCCUCUCCCUCAUCUGGACAACAACAACAUCUCGGCGAUGGUGGUCGUCGGCCGUCCGAUUGGCUGGAGGGCUAGCGGCUACCGCACCGCAAUCCCGGGCCCCCCUGCUGGCCCCGCCCCUGAACAAGAUGAGGUCAUUUCCUGUCCGGGCUGCUGUCUGAUUGGUCUGAGCUUUCCAUCCGUGUGCCUGAAGGGGGUGCCGACCCCUCGCCGCGUUCCGCCCCGACGACCCUACCGGAACCUCAACGGGGGGGGCAUCAGUGACCCUUCAGCUGCCACGGCAACCAAGGGACUGCUUUGUUGCGGGGCGAAUGGUCUUGCUCCUCCGACCGCACCUUGCGUGCCUGGGCUACCCCUACCAGAGGCACAGACUUAGGAAGGACUCCCCCUAGUGGGCUGACUGGCCAACAACAACAUUAACACCAGUGACAUUACUGAGACUUUGACUGGUUCUGUUUAUUGUCGCUAUUACUAUUUAUUAUUACUAUUAGGAACUGAUGAUGUUGAUGAUUAUUACUACUACCUGAAGAGAGAGUGUGCGUGCGUGCGUGCGUGAUUGAGGAGGUGGUGGGGACACUGGUGGUUGUAUUGGGAGAAGCAGAAUAGGAAACCAGAAGUCGGUUAUUGAUGUGAGAUCUUAUAUAUUGGUUGUUGACCUGGCGCCAUUUGAUAACUGCAGUGUGUCGCUGGUUUGUUCACUCACUUUCUGCACUCUGAAUCUUUCUAUGAUUCCUACUAAUGAUUUUUCACUGGUCUGGGUGGUGCUUGAGAUUUGUAUUGAAUUCAAACAAGUGCUUCUUCUUCCUAUAACCCACUAUGAUCCAGGUAUCCUCUCAGUGUGUGUGUGUGAAUUUUUAACAGCUUGUGUAUCUUUGAAACAGCAGGAAAAGCUAUUCUCCUAGCUUAUUUACGUAUUGUACUGAUUAUUUCACUCUAAGUUCUGUCUGUGUGUGUGUCAGAGGGAGAGAAAGUGUGUGUGUGUGACUGAAUGACUCAGGUUUGUCCCUUGAUGUCUGUUUUGAAAUGUUAGUGGUUCGCAGGUAAUUUCCCCGUACCCGUGUGUGAGAUUAGAGAACUGUGUAAUCAUUUCAUAUAAAGUUAGUGAGGUGAACAUAAUCUUUACUAUAAUGUUUUUUGACACUAUUGAUGAGAAUCACUCCACUCUUCAUUUCAUAGGGCUACUGGUUCCGUACCUGUUGAGGUUGACUCUCUGUAUCUGAAAUGGCACCCUUUUCCCUAUAUAGUGCACUACUUUUGACCAGGGCCCACCUGGUCAAAAUAGGAUGCCAUUUUGUCUGUUGUCCCCAGAGCUUACGGUGUGUUUGUCUCCCUCUGCUGGCCUGAAUGACCCGGUCAUACCAGGCCAUUGUGGCUCACAGGCUUUGUCUCUUCCUUUCGUCAUAACCCUUUCCUUCUACGAGACCAGACCAGGGAAAACUCCAGGCUUUAGUUAUAGACCUGGAGGUUUUCCUAGUCGGGUCACUUUGUCAGGAAAAAGUCCCAGCCAUAUAUCAUAUCAACUGAUAUGAGGGGACUGAAAAAGGUUUAUGGCUAUGCUAUUAACAUUUCUAACGAGUUCUAACCGCUUAAUCUAGCUAGUGAUCUGUAGGAAAGGAGGAGGAGGAAACAUAAGCCAGUGUAUUGGGACGUAGCCAGUCACACUCAACUGUACUGGCCAGAGAGUCUCUUUGUUACUGCACUGUUUAAACAGCAUGAUUUACAGAGUCUGGACAACUGUGUGUAUCCAUCCAGAUAAUUCCACUGUUCUGUCCCAUAUUGAUGAUGUCAUAAUGACAAUGGUACAAACACCGACCCAUAUGUCCAUGGAACAACCGAGGGAGUGUAAUGCACUUUCUUUUUUAAAGCUGAGAAUCUUGUUGAUUUAACAUUUAUUUAUGAAAUCAUGUAUGUAGCUAACUAGUAAACCCUUCUGCUGGCUGGGAUGUUGGUUGGUCUGUGGCUAGUUGGAAUAAUAAAUUAUUAUUAUGGAAAUAUGUGUCUGUUCCUUUCCAGGAACAACCCUUCCCCUUUAGACACUUGUAGAGAUCUGAGAGGACUUGAUAGGAUGCAUCAAUAGAAUUUCACCAUAUUGCUUAAACCUGUCCAACCCUCUCAGAUCUCCACCAGUUCCUAUAGGAAGGGGUUGUUUUUGGACAGGGGCUCUGUUUCUACUAGAACCCAUCCUCUACAUGCAAGACACUGAUCAUACCCCUUGAUUUUUUCCCCCAUAUUUUAUUACGUUACAGCCUUAUUCUAAAAUGGAUGAAAUAGUUUUUUUCUGCAUCAAUUGACUGUACACACAACACUCCAUAAUGACAAAGCAAAAAGAGGUUUUUUGACAUUUUUGCAAAUGUAUUAAAAAUAAACUGAUAUCACAUUUA